CGUGGCAAUAUUUUAUGAAAUGUAGUAAUUGGUAGUACAUGAUGGCGUGAAUUAAAAUACCAUCGUAUUCAUUCAUAAAAGUUUUUCUGGCUUUAAUUCUGACUUCAAUACAUAGGCAAGUUGUAUUUAAAAUAUGUUAUAGAUUCUUUUGAAAAUUGGUUAUCCUUCAAAGGUAUUCAUUUAUGAAGAGAUGACAGAAUAUAUAUUAGAUUCUGAAAGCUGGAAAUUGGAAGCAGAGGCAAUUAUUAAUGAUGUCAAAGCCCAUGUGAACCAAAUUAAUAUAUCUGAGAAAAUUCCCAGUUCCAAUAGCUGUAUUUACAUGAAUCUACGCACAAAAGAGGAAAAAAAGUUUUGCAUUCAAUUAUCAAGUGAAGGAUUUAAGAUAGUUGGUUUAGAUUGGGAUGAAAAUAAUUUGGAUAGUGAACAAUUUUUUGAAACGCCAUAUAGUUUAUUAAAUUCAGUGAGCCCCAGUUUUUCUUCCUCGUUCGCUAGUGCUGUAUGUGACAAAUUAAAUCAUAUGUGUUGA